CCCUGAAGGUUCCCUUUAUGUUGAUCACAUCAACAAGUCCGUAUGAAAUCCUUUCCUCUGCUAAUACCAAACUGAUGAAUUAAAAGGGACAAGCCAUUUUCUGCUCUCUUAGCUUCUUGGAAGGGUGAGCUGAAUUGGAUUUGUAUGGACUCAGCAGAACAGCAUAUCCACUUAUGGAGGGCAAUUAUGCUGCCAGGAGCACUUCAAGACGAGUCACUCUAUAUUGUACCGAGCUGUCCCACAGAAACGUAUCUUUCGUCGUCUCUCAGAUGGCACCUGUGUGUUUCCUGCUGUUUGUAGCCCCUAAAGAUUGAGAUGUUUGUCUUUUUCAUGGCUCCCCUUUUUGUGAUUCAAUUUGCGUGUUGCUUGCUGUCUACGCGUAAACAGUUGCUGUAAACCCACUUGAGGCGAAUGGAUUGGAAAGACACUUUUGAAAAAGCCUGUGUUGUUAAGCUACGUAAUCACAGAUAAUCACACCAUCAUUUUCACAACCUGCCAAUACAUUCACGAGGACAGAUAAAACUUUUUCCAUGCACUGGUCCAUGCACACUGCAGAAUGAGGCGGGCCAUACGGUACCUCUGCAAAUGUUGGGUUUAAUGUUCAAGUGAACAUGAAAGGUCUAAAUUUAAACCCACAAGGCUGAAAAGGUAUCAGCUCUCUCUCCUAAAAAUGGCCCUGCUGCUGUCAAGAGGACAAGGGCAAAGAGAAAUGUUAGAGACAGUUCAUAAGGUGACAGCUGGUUAAAUCUGCAGACCUUACUGGUGAAAUGACAGCUAAUGCCCAAACACAGCCUACAACGUAUGUGUGUGCAGAUCUGUAGAGAACCCAGAGGUCGUGGCCCUAAAAUUUUUAGCUCAGAUAUGGGGGUUUGGAGGCUUGAGUUGACUGAGGUACAGUUUACACUCUAUCAUAGAUAGGUAGUGACACAUUAUGCAGUUUUAAAGGCCCCUCGAGGCCUUUAGGAUUAAGUUUUCACACCACGCGCAAUGACAGGCACAACCAUAUCUUUAUACAACUAAUUAAUAUGUGCAUGUAAGAUAAAACCAUAUAUAUGUGUGUGUGUGUGUGUGUGUGUGUGUGAUAGAGAAAAAAACUCAAAAGUCAUGGCCUGAUUAACCGUGUUUAGUGUGUGUACCUUGUUGCCCCUCAGGUUUCCAUUAGACACACACUGCACACACAGUUUUAUAUGACACAGCAACUGUCAUAUAAAACAAGCCUCAGACAUGAACUGAUAUUGUGCUUUGUUGGUGAAAUUCGCCAAUGAAUUUAGAACACAGAAACCAAAAAUAAUCUACUAACCACAAACCAGUAAACUUUAGACUUUUUUCCCAUUAUGAAUAGUGCACGUUCAUUGCUAUAUGUAUUAUGUCGUUGAAUCGUGCAACCCUAAAACUCAUAUCGAGAAACCUCAAAGCAGUCAUGCAUCCAGGGCGCGGGCACCUACACACACAUACAUACACACCAGCACCCACACGCGCACACACACUCAAAGGGGCGUCGGGCCACACAACAGCUUGACCCCGCCCUUCCUGUGACAUCCUCAGCUUCUCAUUGGAUCGCCGUCGUUCAGGAGGAGCGGCGCAAACACAAACUGGAAUGUGUAUGAGGGGGUUCAGUGUUUGCUCUGGACGGCCGCUGCGUCGAGCCUCACCGGGGAACAAACACCGAACAUCUCGGCUGGUUCAUUGCUGUGGGACUGAGAAAUUCUGUCUUUAAAUUCACAUCGCGAUCGACAACAAGCGCUCCGCUUCAAAAGCGAAAACGCACUUGAAAAAGAAAUCAAUUUACGCAUGGAUGGAGGGGAGCAGGUAGACGGGCAGAGGCGCCACUGAGGAGCCGCUCUUGUUAAGUUUUGCAGAGGUGUGUCAUCCCGUGUCCCUGAGAUCAUGGCGGCUGGCACCCACUCCCCUGGGGGACCAAAUGGUAUAAUCAGGAGUCAGUCCUUUGCGGGCUUCAGCACACUGCAGGAGCGACGCUCUCGAUGUAACUCCUUCAUGGGAAACUCGGCGGUACAGAAGAAGCCUCAGUCCAAGCCAAAGAAGCCCCACCUGUCAGGACACAAGGGAGGCAGCAACUCCAGAGAGCCGCAGCCCAAACGACUGGAGGAGGUUUACACUGCACUCAAACAAGGCCUGGAUGAGUAUCUUGAAGUUCACCAAACAGAGCUGGACAAACUCAUGUCUCUGAUGAAGGACAUGAAGAGAAACUCUCGCCUGGGUGUGCUGUACGAUCUUGACAAGCAAAUCAAAACCAUCGAGCGGUAUAUGAGACGUCUGGAGUUUCACAUGAGCAAGGUGGACGAGCUGUACGAGGCCUUCUGCAUCCAGAGCCGUCUGAGGGAAGGUGCCAGCCGGAUGAAGCAGGCCUUCUCCUCCUCUCCCUCCACUAAAGGCACCAAGGAGAGCAUCGCAGAGGUCAACCGGCGCUACAAGGAAUACACUGAGAACAUGAGCACGUUUGAGAGCGAACUGGAGAACCUGCUCGGAGAGUUUCACAUCAAAAUGAAAGGUUUGGCAGGUUUUGCUAGACUCUGUCCUGGAGACCAAUAUGAGAUCUUCAUGCGGUAUGGUCGCCAGCGGUGGAAGUUGAAGGGAAGGAUUGAGGUGAACUCCAGACAGAGUUGGGACGGAGACGAGAUGGUCUUCAUGCCUCUCAUCACUGACCUCAUCAAUAUCAAGGUGACCGAGCUGAAAGGCCUGGCCACACACAUGUUGGUGGGCAGCGUGAUCUGUGAGACCAAGGAGCUGUUUACUGCCAUGCCUCAGGUGGUGGCUGUGGACGUUAAUGAUCUGGGGACCAUCAAACUCAACCUGGAGGUUACGUGGUACCCCUUUGAUGUCGAGGACCUGACUCUGUCAUCUGGCAACGUGAGCAAAGCCACGGCGCUCCAGAGACGAGUGUCAGUGUACAGCCAAGGCACGCCAGAGACUCCCACCUUCCAGGACACCUCCUUCUUUUCCACUUUACCAGAUGAUGUCUUUGAGAAUGGUGGCUGCGGCGUGGCCGAGUGCAAGCGUCUCUCCUUCACCUUCUCUGACACGUCUGGUUCCACGCCCAGCCCCAGCCCUGCCCCGAGCUCCCACUCCACAGGCCAGUCCAACCCUGAGAUCACAGUCACUCCUCCAGAAACAGACCCAUCACCGACACAAAUCCUCCCAGCAAGGGAGGAUUCCAUUGCAGAAGAGCAUUUAGUGGAGGAAGAGGAGGAGGAGUAUGAAGAGGACGGGGAGACGGGUAGCAGGGGAAGUAGGGCCACGAGUGCCAGCCUUGCCAGUGAUGAAGCCGAGGUGGCAGAGGAGUCUGAGUGGGAGCGCACAGAGUCCCAGCGAAAUUCGGGCUCCAACUGUGGUUCAGCAGCCCCGUCCAUCUGUUCUGACGGACACCUGUCUACAGUGGCUCCAGAGGAUGUUUUCCUAGACCACAGUGAUGAACUGAAACCUGUGGAACUGGACACAGAGGAGGCGGGCAGCCUGACCAGGCAGCUUGUGAAGAGGCUGACUUCUUCGGAAAUUGUGCCACAGAGUGGGAGCUCCACGGAGGGAGGAAGCCUGAGCUGGGCAGGAGAGGGAAGCAGGGCUUUCCUGGAGAGCAGCCUGGAGGAGGCCAUCCACAGCCUGCUGAUGAGGUUGGAGUCUCUGACUCACCGCUGCAGAGAGCUGCAGGACCUGGAGCAGGAAGUGAUGCGUCUGGAGGACUUACUCAAGUGUCGACUCCCGGGUCACCGGAGCCGGUCAUCCAGCCUCAGCCUGACAGUGGAGAGUGCCCUGGAGAGCUUUGACUUCCUCAACACCUCUGACUUCGAUGACGAGGAUACUGGAGACGAUAACACCAUCCUCAGCAUCCCACAGAGGUCUCCGCUUUUUGAUACAGACGGAGAAAGGAUCGGGGGCCAGCAUCCAGAAGCCAGGGGACACCUGAGCGAAGCACUGACAGAGGACACCGGGGUGGGCAACAGUGUGGCAGGAAGCCCUCUGCCUCUUACCACUGGAAACGAGAACCUGGACGUGGCUAUAGUCAUCCACCUGCAGUACUGUGAUCACCUCAUACAGUUGUUGACCAGUGCGGUGGGUGUGUGGCACCGUCGCAGUCUCCUCCUCAAACUGUCGGGACAGACUCAGCUGUUGGAGGAGCUAGCGGAGAUCAGCGUGGACAGACUGGGAGCUGUUACAUCUGCUGCUGAUGUUCUGCCAGACCUCGCAGAGCGCCCACAGCUGAUGACUCUGUGGUCAGAGUGCAGCGGGUCUGCAGGACUCUUCCACACCACACUGGACAGAGUGUUCAAACACAUGAACCAGCGCUACACAGCAGCGCUGCAGGAGAAUGCCGACACAGUGAUUGGCAUCGUAGUCGGCGAGAUGGUGGACAGGAGCGAUCUGGUGGCGGCUGCGCUCUCCCAGGACGUCCUGACUGUGUUUCAGUUUCACAGUUACAUCGUACAGCAUGAAGUACAGGACAUGGAGACACACCUGCUGCAUCUGGCCAGAGAGGGUGUGUUUGCAGAAGCUCUGUGCAGUGGGGAUUAUUCUCGGUGUCUAGCAGAGCUGGAAGAGGUGCAUGUGUCAUCCCUGUGGCCCAAAAACGGCACCCUGAAGGCCCUGGCCUCCCUGCUCACUGCAGAGGACCCUCAGGUCAACAAGGCAGCAGCCAACUAUCUCUCUUCUGGAGCAUCACGCAGCCACUUCAGGACCAGAGCAGUGGAGUGCUACACCCAGGCGCUGUCAGAGGCUGGAGGUCAGAGCCAGAGGGCAGCCUGUUCAGCUCUCAGCUGUCUGCAGGCAGUAGAAAGCAUCAGGGCGGUUGUCGCACUGUGUGAUUCAGCUGAUGAAGAGCUUCGGCACGUCGCCAUAGAAACCCUGCUCACAUUUGGUGAAGAGGGGCGGCUGGCGUACGAGCAGCUGGACAUGGUGCCGGGGGAAAUGAUCCGUCUGGGGACACGGCGAGGACACGCCGUCACCACUGCCUUCUGAGCCGCCGUGCCACCGGAAAAACCUCACAAAUGACACCUCAGCACAACCUCCAAGGACAGCACUGCCCCUCCGCUUAACCCCACACUGCACACCUCACAGGGCUGUUAAUGACUGAUCACUUUAUUGAUCUGCUUUUUUUGGCACAGACUUGAGGAUCGCCACGCUGCCACAUUAGGUCACUGUUUUUACUGAUACUGCCUCCUAAAAAAAAAACUAACAACCGUCUUAACCAUUAAGACACACAACCUUUACCCCUUUUGCACACAGA